GCCAGGAGUAAAGAUGGCUGCGCCUAGCGAACCUGCUGCCUGCGAAAACCAAGACGAAAAUAUCUUGUAUGAUCUUCUUAUAAACAUUGAGUGGCCCCCUGAGCAAGAUGUACAGCUUCGAGGCACCCGCGAGCGCGGCACGUCGUUUGUCCUCACUAAAGCGAUUACAGGUCCCGUAUUAUAUAUGCUGCAGUCGUUCUGGUACAGCCCUGCCAAUUUCUCUCUCCCGUCCGGCCUGGUCGGGUUGAUGAACAAGCAGAUUAGUUGGCAUCUAGUACUGACAAGUAACGGGAAGCUGCUAGCCGCUGUUCAGGAUCAGUGUGUGGAAAUCCGGUCCGCAAAAGAUGACUUUGGCUCUGUGAUCGGGAAAUGUCAAGUUCCCAAAGAUCCCAAUCCGCAGUGGCGGCGGGUGGCGUGGAGCCACGAUUGCACUUUAGUGGCGUACGCUGAAAGCACCGGGACCGUCAGGCUGUUUGAUCUUGUCGGGAGCGAACUGUUUGUCAUCCCACCGCAGACGAGCUUCCCUGGAGACCUGAGUUCUGCUAUAGCGGGGCUAAUCUUCCUGGAGUACAAAGCGAGCACUCAGUGGUCAGCAGAACUUUUGGUGGUCAAUUACCGCGGCCAGCUGAAAAGCUACCUCGUGAGUGUCGGAGCCAAUCAAAGUUACCAGGAGAAUCACAGUUUUAACUUCGGAUGCCAUUAUUCCCAUGGAGUUUCAUCUGUGGUUUACCACGCUGGGCAGAGGCUCCUUCUGGUCGGCGGCUGUGAGACGUACGAGGACGGCGUGUCGGAAGCUACGCAAUGUGGGAUAACAGCCUGGAGGAUCAUGUCUGGAUCCAGUCAUUACAAGCUGGUCACAAGUUACGAAGAUGAUGCAGGAGCAGCGCUGAAGAGAAAAGGAUUGUGGAGGAUUAUUAAAUUCCGAUUAUCUGGCAGACACGGAACAGAACAGGAUGGCAUUUUUAAGAUGAGCCUGUCUCCUGACGGAAAGCUUCUGGCAGCGAUUCAUUUCUCGGGCAAGCUGACGAUCUGGGAGGUGCCUUCAAUGAGGUUGCAAGGUUGCUGGUCACAGUGUGAGCAGCCUGGGUUUGAUGAGAUCAACCCUGAUUGGAUGAACUCUGUAGAAAAAAGAAAAAAGAUGAAAGAUAAAGAAUCCUAUUAUCCGCUGAUGGAAAUAAAUUGGUGGGCGGAUAAUGCCGUAAUUUUGGCUCGCUGCUCCGGCUCUUUGACGGUCUCCUCUGUGAAGACAUUAAAGAACUUGCUGGGAAAAUCAUGUGAAUGGUUUGAACCCUCUCCGCAGGUUACAGCGGCUCACGAUGGAGGGUUUCUCAGCUUGGAGUGCGAAGUAAAGCUGGCUCCCAAAAGAUCCCGUUUAGAGAGCCGGUCCGAUGAAGACGGAGAGGAAGACUCUGAUUGUGAUGAUGAGAUGUCGGCCAAAGCUAGAUAUUUUGCCUACAUAAAACAAGGCCUUUAUUUUGUCACAGAAAUGGAGCGUUUUGCUCCUCCGCGCAAACGCCCUCGGACUAUCACCAAAAACUACAGGCUGGUGAGCUUGCGCUCCACCACCCCUGAGGAACUAUAUCAAAGGAAGAUUGACAACGAAGAGUAUGGAGAAGCAUUGUCACUGGCGCAAGCCUAUGGACUCGAUACAGACCUAGUGUAUCAAAGGCAGUGGAGAAAGUCUGCAGUCAAUGUGGCCACUAUACAGGAUUACUUGAGCAAGAUUAAGAAGAGAUCGUGGGUCCUCCACGAAUGUUUGGAGCGAGUCCCGGAAAACGUGGACGCGGCCAAGGAGCUGCUGAUGUUCGGGCUGAAAGGCACGGACCUCGAGGCUCUCGUCGCUAUAGGCAAAGGAGAAGACGGAGGAAGGUUCAUUUUACCCGGGGAAGUGGAUAUCGAUGAAAUUCCCUACGAGGAGUUUUUGUCCCCGGAGGAAGAAGCUGAAACUAGGGAGGCGAGAGAGAGGCAAAAACGCGAGGAGCUGCUUCAGUUGGUCGAUUUUGAAAACUUAACACUGGAACAGAAAGAAUUAUGCCGGUGUAGACUCAAGUUAUUAACGUAUCUUGAUCGAUUGUCAACAUACGAGGAAAUCCUCGGGGGACCUCACGCAGCCGAGGAGCGGUACGAUGCCGGAUUCUUCAAGAAGUUUAGGAACCAAAAUAUGGUGCUGUCAGCGAGAACAUAUGCUCGGGAAAGUAAUGUCCAGGCGCUGGAGAUUCUUUUUACCUACCAUGGAUCCGACCUGCUCCCUCAUAUCCUGGCUAUCCUGUCAAAUCUCCCCGAAACAACCUCUCCGCAUGAAUACGCCGUUCUGCUGCCGGAGGCUUGUUUUGAAGCAGGAGAACUGAAGAUUGUCCCCUGGAUUGAGCAGAAACACAGAGACAAAGACUGGUGUGAAGAACCCAAGUGCAAAUUAACCGUGGAGCCGAGUUCUUCAGACAUGGCCCAAUUUUUAUACGACGAGCAGCCGGAGCUAAUUUUAUACAGAAGCGAUCGUUUGUCAGUUGAUUUACUGAAAAUCUGGUACCACAAAAGAGCGGAGGAAAUUGAGAACUAUGCCCGACAGGUUGACGGAGCGCUCUCACUGGUGCGUCUUGGAAAAGAGCGAAACAUUCCUGGCCUGCAGAUCCUGUCUGAUGACCUGGUCACACUGGAGACAAUCGUUUAUGAGGCCGGCUGUGACGCAUCUUUGACUCUGAAAGAUCUCCAACAGAUUCAAGACAUUGAUAAACUGAGGCUCUUAUUGGCAAAUAGCUCAGAAGAAGACUACAUGAAAAAUGCGUAUCAGUGGAUGGUGCCCUUCCUUCAUCGCUGCGAGGCUCAGGCUCCUGGCUCGGCCAAUGCGCUUUUGAAGGAAUAUUUAGUGACGCUGGCAAAAGAUGACCUUAAAUUCCCUUUGAAGGUUUUUCAACAUUCCAAACCGGACUGCCAGCAAAAACUUGUCCCUGACCAGGAUCAGCUGAUGAUUAUGGCUCUGGAUUGUAUUUAUGCCUGUGAACGAGAUAACCAGCUGUCAUUGUGUUACGACAUCUUGGAGUGUCUUCCGCAGAGAGGUUAUGGCUCUGAGACAGACAUAAGUAAAUCUCUUCAUGACAAAGUCGAUCAGCUGGAACAAAUCCUCAGUGUGUCCGAAAUACUGGAGAAACAUGGACUUCAGAAGCCAAUAUCAUUUGUAAAGGAUACCCAGUCCAGUCCCGAAGACGCACGCAAGCUUAUAGUCCGGCUUACAAGACACACGGGACGAAAACAGCCUCCGGUUAGUGAAAGCCACUGGAAAGCUCUGCUCAAUGAUAUCUUGGAAAUGCAGCAGAACGUCUAUAAGGUGCUGAGUGCCGACACUUGUUACGAGAUAUUUGCGGAGAGUUUGCUUUGCUCGAGCCGCCUGGAGAACAUCCGCUUGGCCGGACACAUGAUGCACUGCGGUUCUGCGUCUAUAGAUCUCCCGGUAAGCGUUUCCUCCAAAGGCAAAGCCCAGUACAGAGUGAGCUACGAGAAGAGCCUGGAACUGGUACUGGCAGCAAGCAGAGAGUACUUCAACUCAUCCGCCACGCUCAUUGACAACUGUAUGGAACUGGCCAGAUGCUGCUUACAGCUCAUCACCGAUUGCCCCAGUGCUAUCCAGGAGGAACUUGAUCUGAUUCGUUCUCUUAGUUACCUCGAAGAGUUUGGAGUGAAGAUUUUGCCCUUGCAAGUGCGUUUGUGUGCUGACCGCCUAAGUCUCAUCAAGAAAUGCAUCUCUCAGAGCGCUACGAGCUACAAGCAGUCCGCAAAACUCUUGGCACUCGCAAGUUUGCUGAGAGUAGCAGGUAAUGAUGAGUUUGAAAGAAAAGGACAGGUGCUGACUCUCUUAUCAGAACAAGCACUUCACUGCCAAGACUACAAGGCUUCCUACACGCACUGCCAAGAACUGAUGUCUUCAGGCUAUAGUAAGAGUUGGGACAUAUGUAGCCAGCUGGGGCAGUCGGAGAAUUAUGAGGAUCUCCGUACACGCCAGGAACUCAUGGCGUUCGCCCUGACGCACUGUCCUCCUUCUGCUAUCCAGACCCUUUUGGCUUCCAGUAGCUCUUUACAAACACAGAUUCUCUAUCAAGCUGUAAAUUAUCAGAUACAGCCAGGUGAAGAUGAAGGCCUGGAGAAUUCUCAUCUGCCUGGACCACCUGCUUUGUCCAACAAAGAAGGCUGUCUGGCUGAUCCUAAAGCUUUGUCCGGCCAGUCUGGGGAUUUAUUGCAUCGAACGACGGCCACAACCAUGAAAGUUCUCACGAACACCUCCAUGACCACUAUGGCUGUGCUGCACGCUGUCAGCGAUGGGCAGUGGUGGAAAAAGUCCUUAACGUAUCUCCGUCCCUUGAAUGCCCAAGAGCAGAGCAGUGUUGCUAAGAACGCCAAAAUAAAUAACUCCAGGCUGGAGACUCAAGGGUGUCAUCCGUUUUAUGAGUCUCUCAUCGACAAUCCAUUUAUUGCUAAGAGUGAAGCCGCGUACAGCAAAUACCAGCACAGCUCCCCUGAAAGCUUUGCCGAGGUGCUGCUGAGGACAGGAAAAUUGGCCGAGACAAAGAGCGAGGGAGAAAGCCUGUUCCCGGCCACAGAAGUUCUCCUGCAGCUGGCGAGCGACACGCUGCCGAACGAUACCACCUUGGCAUUGGCUUAUUUGCUGGCGUUACCACAGGUGGUCGACGCCAACAAGUGCUUUGAAAAGCAAUCGCAUUCGGCGUUAUCCCUCCAGCUGGCGGCUUAUUACUACAGCCUGCAGAUCUAUGCCCACUUGGCACCGUGCUUAAAGGACAAGUGCCAUCCUCUCUACAGGGCGGAUCCUAAGGAACUAAUCCAAAUGGUUACCAAGUACGUCUCGGAUUAUGCCAACGCUAACUGGCCUGUGGAGCUGGUUACCCUGAUCGAGCAGUUGCAUUAUUACAACGAGCGGCUGGUGGACCUCACACAAGCCCAGAUUCUGCAGGGCCUUGGCAAAGGAGUUGAUGUCCAGCGCUUUGCUACCGAUGGUGAAUACAAAAGGCACACAAUACUUGGGCUGGCCGAGACACUCGAAGACAACGUGUACAAGAUUUCCGUGUCUCUGGCUGAGAGAUACCAGGUUCCGCUGUGGGAAGUGUACAUGACUCACUUGGAAUACUUAUUCUCUGACAGCGGGUUGUCUACAUCAGAAAUAGAGGGAAGGGCGCAUCAUCUUGGUCUGUUUGACACGUUAAAGACCAGCCCAGAAUCAUUUUAUGAACACAUGACCAAGUACGUCUAUCCCUCUAUCGAAGGCAAAGACCUCCAAAGGCUGCUGUAUUAUUUCACUCUACUAGAGAACUGUGGGUGCUCUGAGUUUGUGAAACACGUCAUCAAACCCGAUUCACACAUCAAGCUACUAAAGAAGCUAAAGGCCGUGGCAUCAGGUCUUGAUUAUAAAAAGCUUACAGACGGCAGUAUGAGUCCCCUAGUACCUCUGGAGCCCGUUCUCACCAGCCAGAAUGUACUGGCCAUAUCCAAGCUGGCACCAAGAAUUCCCGAGACGGACGGGUCAAUGCUGUCUUCCAGCUCCGUCCAUGCUGUCUGGCUGAAGAAGAUCUUCUGGAACGGUGACCCGCAGCUUCUCAAAAAAGCUCCGCAAUCGGGAGCCGAUUGGAUCCAUGCGUACGACAUCUGCAGAAAGUACUUUGAUAGACUCAGCCCCGGGGAUUUAGUUGCGUUCAUUGAUGAAGUUACCUUCUCCUCGCAUUCUGUUAAUAAGCUGACGGUGGAAGCCAGGACGGAGAUGACAAGGAAAACAAUGACAGCAGUCAAGCAGUUUAUUGAGAAGCAAAAGAAAAAGAGCUCUGGAGAUGGCAAUGGCGCGUCUAACUCUGAUGUCACUUAUGAGGUUGCCUUCAAUCAUCUUCAGCAAUCUCAUGCUCAUCUAGAAACACUCAAUCACAAUUUCAUCGGCCACUUGAAGUCUAUGGACCAGGAUCGUUUACACAAAUACUCCUACCUUUAUGACAUUUCAAGGUCUGAACGGGAGAAGAUUAAGGAAUUGGCUGUAGCAAUGUGUAUCAAUGGGGAGUCCCUUGACACCAUCCAGAAGUUGUUGGAAGUUGCUGUAGGUCCCUUGGGGAUCAGUCCGAAGGAUAUUGUGCGCCACUCCACCGAUAAAAUCAUUGAUUCAUUGAGCGGAAAGGCUGAGGGUUCAUGUGCCGGUAGAGAUCCCCUUAAAGUCUUGGAGAACAUUGUUAAAGAGGUUCACCUAAGCGCUGAACAGGGUGGGCAGCUGGUCUCCUCUGAUGACCUUUUGGAAUGGCUCAGACCGUUCUGUGGCGAUGACUCCUUACCAGUAAAGCCUAGAAUUGAUGUACUGCAGAUUAUGGAACAAGCAUUUCAUCUCAGCGAUGAAGACAGCAAGUUGCUUGUGUUUUUCCGGACUCAGGCUGUUCUAAAAGCGUUAUGGCCAGAGAAACAGGUGGACGUUGUGGACAUCGAAAAUGAAGAAAAAAGAUAUAAUCUCUUCCUAGAGCUUCUCGACGUUAGUCGCCAUCAAUCAGAGUUCCAGCACUUAGUAUUACUUCUACAGGCCUGGCCCCCCAUGAAAGGCGCAAACAUUGUGAGCUCCGAAGACAACCCGUGGGUAAAACUCGUAAAAGCGAUUUUAUCCGGUUGUGAAAAAGAACAGAAGGAAGAGACCGCUGCUGAAAUUCUCAAAAUGUGCCGCAACCUUUACAGCUCCAAACAUGCGCUGUCCGUACAGUGCAUGCAGGAGAUAUGUUCAUUGCUGUUAAACCACACAAUGUCGCUGACAUCACUGAAGCUGCUCAUUGAAAGUCAUAAUGAAGAUCUUCACUCAAGGGCAUUGGAGCUUUUAUCAACGGAAACAAAGGUCACGGACUCAAACUGCGACAAUGAAGUCCUUUCCUUACUGUUGGAGGCCAAGUUAGUAGUAAAGUGUGUUUGCACCGUCUACUACCCUCAUCUGAUUAACCACCUUUUGUCGAAUCAAGAGGACAGAAAGUGGAAUGUCGAAGAGAUAGCCAAGCAACUUAAUGACUGUGGAUACCAAGCAGAGGCCGGGUCCCUCCUGAUGUCCUACAGAGGAACGCAUCCUACUCUCCGAACCUUCACGUCCGCUUUCAGUAGUCUUAAACGUUGGCUUUAGAAGGGAGAGUAUCUUAAAAAUUAUUAACACACCUGUACCGGUAAAAAGAAGAUAGUAUUUAUUAUUUCAUCUCAUCACGGCUGUGAAAUCUCCCUUAAUUACUUGUAUACGUGUCUCUCAGUGAAGGUGGCCUAGAUAUGUUAAGUAAUUAUAUGAAAACGCAGGACUGACGGGGCACAUCUGAGAUGUUAUAUAAAGUAUGUAGAAGUUAUGAAGCUUGGCUGUUUGGACUUUGUCUCGCAGUUUAGAAAAGGCAGGGAGUGCGUGCCAUGGAUUGCCACCUCUACGGCUCUGUGUUUUGCUUUAGG